ACGUAAGCUUCAACUUCCAUGAUUGAGAGUCGAAAGUUCGUUUGUUUACCUCAGUAAUUUUGCAUUUUCGUUGCUUUUCCUGUGUCUAAAGCUGUGCGGUGAUUUAUUUUCAAAAAUUUCAUCAAGUUUUAUUUGUCAGUGGCUCCCAGGGUUCUCACAGACAUCCUCGAACUCUCGAAAUCUUUCGUGUUCAGUCAGUUUAGUGAAUCAGAAGGAAGCACAAUAAGCUCUCAUAAAUGACAGUUUUUUCCUUUUCUUAAAAAAGCAAGCUCAUUUUAAAACCCAUCUCAAGUACAGGUCACGUAUGAGCAACAAUCAAAUUUUGAUCUGAACUUUUAAAACUUUUGAACAAUAUUUUGAGAACCAAGAAUCCUCAUCCAGCACUUGGUUUAAUAUGAAAUACUAGACGUUAUUGAAACGCCAAAAUGGGAAGUUUGGAUGGUGCUGUCAUCACUGGAUUUAUCUGCCGCUUAUGCUCCAAGCUAAGCAGAUUGGUUAUCCAUAUUUAUGGUGAGCAAGGAGUCACCCUCCAGCUGGACAAGAAGAUUAACACUUAUCUUCCCAUUAGUGUAAAAUUCAGCGAUCCUCUGCCAAAAACAGUAUGUGUUGCUUGUGUACAAAAACUAGAAAUUCAUCAUCAAUUAGUCAAACGGUUUCACGCAGCCAGAGAGCACUUCAUGGAGAGUGCAAUGAAUUCAAUUCGUAACAGAAGCUCUACAUCGACCAGUUGUGAUCAGUCCCUCAGGUGUCGAAACUCAAAUCUAAAUCCUACUUCCAAUUCCAGUGGUGCCGAGCAGGUAACUCAUGAGUAUAGUCAAGCAGAUCUCUAAGAUAGAGGCGUCUUCCAAUGUCAUACGGCUUGGUUUCAAAGUGUAUCGAAAAAUGACCUUCUUGUUGGUGCCUACAACAAUCAAAAACAACAGCCGGAAAGAUCACUUUUUACAAAUCUGAUUCACGAGUUAUUACACGGAAAAAAUUUAAUUGCUGAUUUAACAAUUCAAUUGCUAAAAAUAGUGACUGCAAUGUUUCAAUGUAGAUUUCACAACACAAAAAAUGCUACU